AUGGAAGAUUAUUUAAGUUAUAGAGGCUUCGGUUAUCUCCGAUUGGACGGAACUACCAAAGCGGAAGACAGAGGCGAUUUGCUUAAGAAAUUCAACGAUAAGCAGAGUGAAUACUUUAUUUUUCUUUUAUCCACCAGAGCUGGAGGUUUGGGUUUAAAUUUGCAAACUGCUGAUACCGUGAUCAUAUUCGACUCAGAUUGGAAUCCUCAUCAGGAUUUGCAAGCUCAGGAUCGAGCUCACCGAAUUGGUCAACAGAACGAGGUCAGAGUGUUACGCUUGAUGACUGUCAACUCUGUGGAAGAACGCAUUCUUGCUGCAGCUAGAUAUAAGUUAAAUAUGGACGAGAAAGUUAUCCAGGCUGGUAUGUUCGACCAAAAAUCAACGGGAACUGAAAGACAACAAUUUCUUCAGCAUAUUUUACAUCAAGACGGAGAUGAUGAGGAGGAAGAAAACGAAGUUCCUGACGAUGAAACUGUAAACCAGAUGAUCGCCAGGUCUGAAAACGAGUUCGAACUCUUCCAGAAAAUGGAUCUCGAAAGAAGAAGAGAGGACGCUAAGCUCGGAUCAGCCAGAAAAUCUAGAUUAUUGGAAAUAAGUGAGUUACCUGACUGGCUAAUCAAAGAAGAUGACGAAGUGGAUUGCUGGAACUACGAAGAUAAUGACAGUAUCCUGGGAAGAGGAAGUAGACAUCGAAAAGAAGUGGAUUAUACGGACAGUUUAACGGAGAAAGAAUGGUUAAAGGCAAUAGACAAUACCGGGGAUUACGAAGAAGAAGACGAGGAAGAAGAAAAGAUCAAGAAAAAGAAAGGCCGUAAAAGACGAAAACGUGGUGAUGAAUCUGACUGUGAAGUAGAUAGUAUCAUCAAGAGAAAGACUAAAUUACAAAUUGGCGAUACGAAGAUAAAGAAACAGAUGAAGAGGUUAAUGGCGAUAGUUACAAGAUACACCGAUAGGUAA